GUAUAUGCCCGUAUGUCAGAAGUCUUAGGAAUAACAGAUGACAACCAUGUUCUAGAAACAUUCAUGACAAAAAUUGUUACAAACCUUAAGUACUGGGGAAGAUGUGAACCUGUAAUUUCAAGGACUCUUCAGUUCCUAAAUGACCUAUCUGUUGGCUAUAUCCUUUUAAAAAAACUUGUGAAGAUAGAUGCUGUGAAAUUCAUGCUAAAAAACCACACGAGUGAACACUUCCCGUUUCUUGGCAUCAGUGACAGUUAUAGUCUCAGUGACUUCAGGUGCCGAACAACCUUCUACACAGCCCUCACACGCCUUCUGAUGGUAGAUCUAGGUGAAGAUGAGGACGAAUUUGAGAAUUUCAUGCUGCCACUUACAGUCUCUUUUGAAACAGUAUUACAAAUAUUCAACAAUAACUUUAAACAAGAAGAUGUAAAGCGUAUGUUGAUCGGGCUGGCAAGAGAUCUUCGAGGGAUUGCCUUUGCACUGAACACAAAGACCAGCUACGCCAUGCUGUUUGACUGGAUGUAUCCAACAUAUCUUCCUGUCCUUCAGAAGGCUAUUGAACGGUGGUAUGGAGAGCCAGCAUGUACAACUCCCAUCUUAAAACUUAUGGCAGAACUGAUGCAAAAUAGAUCCCAGCGUUUGAAUUUUGAUGUAUCAUCUCCUAAUGGAAUUCUUCUCUUCAGAGAAGCUAGUAAAAUGAUUUGCACUUAUGGUAAUCAGAUCCUGUCCCUUGGGAGCCUCUCAAAAGAUCAGAUUUAUCCAAUGAAACUCAAGGGCAUCUCCAUCUGCUAUUCAGCUCUGAAAUCUGCCUUGUGUGGGAAUUAUGUCAGCUUUGGCGUCUUCAAGUUGUAUGGAGACAACCAUUUUGACAAUGUACUGCAGGCCUUUGUCAAAAUGUUACUGUCAGUGUCCCACAGUGACUUGCUACAAUAUCGGAAACUGAGCCAGUCUUAUUAUCCACUCCUGGAAUGUCUUACCCAAGACCACAUGAGCUUCAUUACCAACUUAGAGCCUCCUGUACUCCUGUAUGUUCUCACAUCUAUCUCAGAGGGACUCACUACUCUUGAUACAAUUGUCUCCUCCAGUUGCUGUACCAGUUUAGACUACAUUGUCACCUACCUCUUCAAGCACAUAGCAAAAGAGGGCAAGAAGCCACUUCGAAGCAGAGAGGCUACCCAGGCUGGUCAGAGACUAUUACAUUUUAUGCAGCAAAACCCAGAUGUCCUGCAGCAGCAGGAGAUAAAACAGGAAGCAUUUGAGAUGAUGUCUGUCCUCAUGAAUACCAUUGUCUUUGAAGACUGUCGGAACCAAUGGUCAGUAUCCAGGCCUCUCCUGGGGCUCAUCUUGCUCAAUGAGAAGUAUUUCAGUGAACUGAGAGCAAGUCUGAUAAACAGCCAGUCUCUUCGCAAGCAGGAGGUCCUUGCCCAGUGCUUCAGGAACUUGAUGGAAGGAGUAGAGCAGAACCUGUCUAUCAAGAACAGAGACAGGUUCACCCAGAACCUAUCCGUCUUCAGAAGAGAUGUAGCAGAGGCCCUGCGCAGUGAUGGCAACACCGAACUGUGCAAUCUGGACAUGAUGAGCUGAUCCAACUUUUUUCACCAUGUGCCAAGCAGCCUUUAUCAAGAGACUCUUGAAGGUCUGGGUCCCAGGACAGUGAUGUUGGCUAGCCCAGGGGAAUCUAUUUUUCAAAACCAACAAAAAAGCCCCUUUUUAUAAGUCUGGCCUAAUUAUAAGAAUUUAUAAUAGUGCACAUUGUAAAUUCAACCUUUGCUCUGAGAAAGCAAAGGAUGUGUUUUCAGUCUUUCUACCAGAUAUCAUUAUCUUUGUUCUCAUAGUGCUCUGAAAGGAUGUAAACAAUAUUUAACCAAAGAACAUAAUAAACCAGGUUUGCGCCUAA